AUGCUGUUCGUCUACCUGCUCGUCCUCGUCCUUAACACCGGCGGAAUGAACGCCGCGAACACGACAAUGACUGCAGCGAUGUGUAAUAAGGAGUCCCCCGACUGCGAAGAUUGUGUGAAGAAGUGGACGUUGUGCCCGGGAAAAGACGGUGUACUCCUUUGCACCCUGAAGCAGUAUCUCGUCGAUCCCGAAUCGGCAGAUUGCGAAUUCCUUGAUUGUCCCGUUGGUGAACUACCGAGUCUAGUCGGUUACAAACGCACUUGCGUCCCGCGCAAUCGCAUGACUAAUGGCACUCUCCCCACGGGUUGGUGGUGGGACGGCUGCAUCUAUGACUACUACAUCAACUGCGGCAACUACGUGCCAGUUUGCCUGAACGCCGCUACAAUCACGGCAUACAACGCGAGCGCGGGAGGCUGCAUCAACGAAGGCUGCCCUCCUGCGACGCACCCGUGCAAAGGAGAAAACGGAACGGAAUGCAUUGCCUAUGACGACCUGAAGUCGACCCGCUACAAGAAAGGAGGAGAUGUGUGUGUCCUUGCUACAGCCGAGGAGAAGGCAGCUGCAAGGCCUACUGUCCCACCCGCUGCCCAGGAGAAGACGGAGCCAAAAGAAACAUCGCCAGCCUCGUGCCCAUCUUGCUACCUCGUCAACUCCGUCUUCAUCGUCCUUGCCAUAAGAACACAAUUAUUACACAGCACUUUCAUGGCGUGCCCGGGAAAAGACGGGACGUUGCUGUGCACUGUGAAGCUCGGGCUCGUCGACCCCAAUGCUGCAGUAUGUGACUUCAUAGGUUGCCCGAUGGGCCAGGCAUCGGUCAGAAUCGGCCGCAACCAGAGUUGCAUUCCGCUCAAUCGCCUAACUAACGCUACACUCCCGAAUGAUUGGUGGUGGGAUGGUUGCCUUUACCCUUUCAACGUCAACUGCGGCAACUAUGUGCCGGUCUGCGUCAAAGCUAGUUCGCUUCAAGAAUACAACACCACCCUGGGAGGAUGUGUUAAGGAAGGCUGCCCUCCCACGACGCACCCGUGCAAAGUAGAUGGCGGAACGGAAUGCAUUGCCUACGACGAUCUGAACAGCGUGGCAUCUGGCAUGCUGUUCGUCUACCUGCUCAUCCUCGUCCUCUACACCGGCGAGCUCAGCGCCGAAAAUACGACUCUUUCUACAGACGUGUGCCCAAAGGAUAGCGACGCGUGUAAAGGUUGUACGGGCUCGUGGGUAGCCUGUCCCGGGAAAGACGGUGCCCCGAUCUGCUCCAAGAAGUACAAUCAGGUCGAUCCCAAAGGGUCGAUCUGUCAAUACAAAGAAUGUCCGGUUGGCGAAGGCCAGAUCGUUGUGGGGAAGGGUCUCCUUUGCGUCCCGUUCAAACACUUCGUAAAUGGCUCUCUCCCGGGAUCCUAUUUAUGGGAAGGUUGCCAACAAAAAGCGCAAAUCAACUGUGGUACCUGGACUCCGAUUUGCUUCUAUCCCGACCUUGUGAUGAGCUACAACGAUAGCCUGGGUGGUUGUAUCAUGGAAGGCUGUGAGCCGACAAAGCUCAGUUGCAAAACGGCAAACGGAACUGAAUGCAUUGCCUUUGACGAUCUCAAGUCGUCCUUUAUGCAAUCAGAUGGAAGCUACAAUUGCACCCGUGCCACAGCUGAAGACAAGGCUGCCGCGAGGGCUACCUUGCCACCGGCUGCCGACGAAAAGACCGAGCCAAAAAAAACGUCGCCAGCCUCUCGUUCAUCUUGGCUUCUCUCCGUCGGUGACCACGACAGCUGCCAGCUCGUCAACCCCAACGAGUUGUCGAACCUGAAGCCGGCGAAGGAGUGCGCGGGAAUGAAGAACACGUUGGCCUGUUGGGCGGCCAACGACGACUACACGUGCAUCGGAUUCGAGCGGAUCAACUCGAUGACCGUCGACAAGCAGAACAAGACCAUCUGCACAUUUGCCAAAUGCACCGGAGAAGAUGCCCUCUUGUGCAGCGCCGAGUGCCAAUCCAUCCACGAGGUCAAGAGGGUGCUGCCGGGGGGAGAGUGCGAAUUCCGCACCCUCCGCCGUGGCCAGAUCAUCAUGAUCAUCUCGUGCUCCAUCAUCGGAACCGUGGGAGCGAUCGCUAUUGUGGUCUUGCUCACCCGCGCCAUCAUCCUCCAGAAGAACCGGAACAAGCCGAUCGAACAUCGCCCAUCCAGCAUGGAGAACAAGCACCAGGACGGUGACAGCAACGAGAAGCGCCCGUUCCUGCCAUCCAAGAACCCGAAGGCCUUCAACGAGAAGCCCCAAGUC